ACGUCUAUUUCAAGCAGGCUCAUUAAUUGAUACAAAAACUUAUUCAGAAAUAUUAUCCGAAGUUUAUGCACCACCAAAUAUCAAGUGCAAAGAAGAGGAAGAAGAAUACAAUUGUGAAAAUUUGAAUAAUGUUACCGAUGAACAAUUAUUCGAUGAAGAAGUUCUCGAUCAGCAACGUGAACAGGAAAUUCAACGACUUACUCAAGUGAUUCGAACUGAUCAACCUAAAGAUGGAAAUGUAACUGCUAAUAUUAUUAUGCAACAAUUAAAUGAUAUGUUAGAAACAAUACGACCAACCAUCAACUAUGAUAAUAACGAUCCAAUGGUGCCAAAUGAAUUAGAAACACCUUCCAUCAUUUCAACAAUGUCACAACAUCCUUAUCCACCUGUUAAUCAAACUGGUCUUGUUCAAGAUCAUGAUCGUCCCUAUGCAGAUUAUGGUCAUCUUAAUCGACAAACAAUUGCUCAAGAAUGUCAAUUUAAUUUACAAGUACCAACAACAACAACAACAGCAACAUUGAAUAAGCCAUCUAUUCGAUUGAAUGCCAAAUCAUUUGCAAUUACUUCAUGGACAAAUGUAUCGAAAGAACUUGUAAUGAACAAAAUUAAAGAAGAAUUUGGUAUUGAAAAUAUUCAAUAUAUCUGUAUUGGUGAAGAAAUAAGUGAAUUAAAUCAUCAAAGACAUUUACAUAUACAAAUUAUUUUUAAAGAAAAAAUUGAUCGAAGAAAACCAUUUCUAGAUGAUAUAACUCAAACACAUUGUAAUUAUCAAGUCACACAAAAUGAUUGUGCUUGGAAUGAAUACAUUAAGAAAGGUGGCAAUUGCAUUGAAUUUAAUGAAUUCAAAUCAACAAAAACACGUGGAGGUGAAAAAUAUUGGCCUUCACAAACAUCAUCGUCGUCUUCCUCACAUAUGGCUUCAAAUAUAGCUGUAAAUCCAACAACAAUUACUAAUAAUCAACCAAUUACUACAUCUACUACUAUUACGAAAACAACUACGACUGUAAGAGCACAAGCGGAAGAACGACGUAAACAAAAAGAACUUAUUGCAAGACAUGCAAUUAAUUUAGCAAAAUCCAGCGUCCAUGAUUCCUUAAUACACAUGCGAGAUAAUUCUAAUGCAACGGAAUUUAUUCGAUAUGCAACAUGUUUAGAACUAUUCGAAAAAACCAAGAUCAAAAGAAGUUUGAAAGCAAUAGAUACAUGGACAAAAUCAUUUCCUCAUUGUACACCAACGUUACGUGAAGUCGUCAAUCGUUGGAUUCAAGAAGAAUUUUAUCGUACAUCACGAGCUAAAUGUUUAAUUCUAAUUGGACCAAAAGGCACCGGAAAAACAACAUUUGCUCAAUCCUUACCUGGUCAACAUAAUUAUUUCAAUGGACAUUGGCGAUUAGACAAUUGGAAUGAUUCCGCUAGUUAUUUAAUUUUUGAUGAUAUUCCUUGGGAUCAAUUUGAAGAAUUAGGUUUUCCUUUUAAAAAAUACUUACUCACACAAAAUGGUAUUACUAUUGCCACAGAUACGAAUACAGAAAUUAUUGAAAUUGAUGUUGCACAACCAGCGAUUGUUCUUCUAGAACCAGGUCAAUCUGAAGGUGCAUUAGGACGCCAACCACUCACAUACGAAGAUGAAUGUGAAGCUACAUUUUGGCAACAACGCGCCAUUAUUUAUCGAAUGGGUCCCAAUGAAUUCUUUCAUAAACCAAGGGAUGAUCAACAUAAUUUGGACAAUUAA